AGCAUGGCUAGGGAAGAGCUACAAGUGCUUAAAGCACUUGAUGUGGCGAAGACCCAGUUAUACCACUUCACUGCAAUUGUGGUUGCUGGUAUGGGUUUCUUCACCGACUCCUAUGACCUCUUCUGUGUUUCGCUCAUCACCAAAUUGAUUGGUCGCAUUUAUUACUACACACCUGGAUCAACUACCCCUGGUGUAUUAUCCAACAGCGCUAACUCAGCCGUCACUGGUGUGGCCCUCGUUGGCACCCUAGCCGGCCAGCUCUUCUUUGGCUGGCUCGGUGACAAGAUGGGUCGAAAGCGUGUCUAUGGUGUCACACUUAUGCUCAUGGUCGUCUGCUCUAUUGCCUCUGGCCUUUCCUUUGGUUCCACAGCCAAUGGAGUAGUGGCUACCUUGUGUUUCUUCAGGUUCUGGUUAGGUUUCGGCAUUGGAGGUGACUACCCAUUGUCAGCUACCAUAAUGUCCGAGUAUGCUAACAAGAAGAGCCGAGGUGCUUUCAUUGCUGCAGUCUUCGCCAUGCAAGGCUUUGGAUACUUAUUCAGUGGAAUCAUUGCUCUCAUCGUUUCUUCAGCAUUCAACGCCUCUUACCCUGCUCCGGCUUACGACAUUAACGCAGCCGCCUCCACUGUGCCACAGGCCGACUACGCCUGGAGAAUAAUAUUGAUGGUGGGUGCCCUUCCUGCAGCACUUACUUACUAUUGGCGUAUGAAGAUGCCUGAGACCGCUCGUUACACCGCCCUCGUCGCCCGGAAUGCUAAAAAGGCAGCUGCGGAUAUGGUGACGGUGUUGCAAGUGGAGUUGGAAGCAGAGCCAGACAAAGUGGAGAGGAUGGCAAUGUCGGCCUCCAACUCAUAUGGGUUUUUCUCUAAAGAAUUCCUUCGUCGACAUGGGCUUCACUUACUUGGAACCUCCACAACAUGGUUCUUCCUAGACAUUGCGUUUUACAGUCAGAGUCUGUUCCAGAAGGACAUCUUCACCGCAGUGAAUUGGCUCCCUGCUCCACAGACCAUGAGUGCAAUUCAAGAGAUGUACAUGAUUGCGAGGGCACAAACCAUCAUUGCUCUUUGUGGUACCAUUCCUGGGUACUGGUUCACCGUCGCUUUCAUUGAUUACAUUGGUAGGUUUGUAAUUCAAUUGAUGGGUUUCUUCUUCAUGAUGGCCUUCAUGCUUGGACUUGCCAUUCCUUAUACUUAUUGGAAGACUGGGCACCAAGCUGGCUUCGUGGUCAUGUAUGCGUUCACUUUCUUCUUUUCCAAUUUCGGGCCUAAUGCGACAACUUUUGUGGUGCCGGCGGAAAUAUUCCCAGCGAGAUUUAGGUCAACUUGCCAUGGUAUAUCGGCAGCAUCUGGUAAGGCUGGGGCAAUCGUCGGGGCAUUCGGCUUCGUGUAUGCCGCAGGGAACGCACCUGCUGGUAUCGGUAUACAAAACACAUUUUACUUGCUUGCUGCGACCGACUUCUUGGGAUUGAUUUUUACGUUCUUGGUGCCCGAUGCAAGGGGAAAAUCUCUUGAGGAAAUAUCCGGUGAUGCCGCCGAGUCUGAAGAAGGAAAUGGGAUGGAGGAGACUGUUUCUGCUUAA